GUAAUGUUGACAAAAUUGGCAAAAUUAAUUUUUCGGAUUUACAGAAGUCGGAAAUGGCUGCCAAAAUAGAAGACUCAGUUGACGAGGCGUCAAAGAAGAAGAAUCCCCGUCCGAUUCUAAAAAACAAACUCGAAGGAUGUAGUGGUGUUGUAAAUCAGGCAAGAUCUAUCCCUCACGAAGACGCCGUGAUUACAGUUUCUGAUGAUCGGAGUGUUCGUGUGUGGAUAAAGCGUGAAAGUGGCCAGUACUGGCCUAGUAUAUGUCACAUGAUGUCUGAGCCUUGCAGCUCUUUGGAUUAUCAUGGCGAAUCGAGAAGGGUGUUUGUUGGUCUUGAUAAUGGAACCAUCUCUGAGUUCACUCUUUCAAAAGAUAUGAACAGACUAAAUCACUCCCGGAAUUAUUUAGCGCACAUGGGAAGGGUGACGAGAAUCUGCUUCAGCCUGGAGGACGAGUGGGUACUGAGUGUUGGUCGAGAUAAAUACUUCCAGUGGCACGAGACCAAAAAAGGAAAGAGGGUGGGUGGUUAUCAAACGCAGGCAUGGUGUACAUCCGUACAAUUCGAUGCACAGACGAAACAUGUUUUUGUAGGUGACUACAGUGGCCUUAUAAGCGUUUUACGGUUGGAAAACAAUCUGGUCUCACUUAAAACUACGUUAAAAGGCCAUUCAGGAAGCAUUGGAUCGUUAGAAUGGGAUCCAGAUAAACAGCAGUUGUUCUCCGGAAGUUUUGAUAAUUCUGUGAUCGUCUGGGACAUUGGUGGUGGCAAGGGCACUGCGCUUGAACUGCAAGGGCAUCACUCAAAAGUUGUCGGAUUGGGCUGUGUAUCGCACUCAAAGCGCCUUUUCAGCAUCAGUAGUGAUGGUAUAUUGGGUAUAUGGGAUAUGACCGCCAAAAGAACUGAGACACCGGAAUGGAAAGAAAGUGACAUGUGCCAGUUUUGCAAUAGUCCGUUUUUCUGGGCGUUUAAACAAAUGUGGGAUCAAAAACAGCUUGGUUUACGACAGCACCAUUGUAGAAAGUGUGGAAAGGCUGCGUGUGAUAAAUGCAGUCAAAAACGUUCCACGUUACCAAAACUUGGCUAUGAGUACGAUGUUCGUGUAUGUCUGACCUGUUUUGAAACGAUUACAAAUGAAGAUCGCCGACCGAUGGCUUUAUUCCACAACACCAAACAUCCUGUGCUGGAUGUGAGCAUCGAUAUUACAAAAGGAAAACUUUUAACGUGUGGAAGCGACAGAAUAGUUAAGAUUUGGGACGUGUCAACAUUAAUCAAUCCUUCGCAAAAGUAGAUUUGAUCCAACAUUGCAUUGUGCAUGCCUGCCCAUGCGCCUGAUGAAUGGAAAUUGAGAACGGUUAGUUGAAUUAACAAUGCGGCAACGCGAUAUGCAAGUAGGUAGCCACACCUACCGUUUGGCAUUCAGCACAAAUUUGGUGUUCUCAUUAAAAUGUCUUAUCUGAGAAAAUAACGAUAAUUCAUAGACUUUUACAUACGAUUAUGCAUUAGACCCUAUAUGAAGAAAAAUGGCGGCCACAAAAUUGUUUUUCUCGACAAUUAUAAUAUAUCAAUUAUGUAUAAUAUAUUGCUAAUGGGCCUUUUCGCUAUAGGCUAAUUUUAAACCUGGGCAACAAGUGGGAAAUAUAUUAGCAGAGCUAGAAAGAGCAUACCUGAAUUAGUAUAAUUGCAAAAUUUUGCGCAAUGCGAAAAUUAUGGCUAUGGAAGUUGGCAAAUUUUGUAUAUUUUUGUAUUACGUUCGGAAAUGUGAAACAAAUUGACUGUAAUUUUCGUACUUUACAACAUAUCGCGGCUAAACUUAGCAAUUUUACUAAUGUUAUAGCACGCUCUUUCCGAAAAUUUUCCUUUUAUUCCCUAGAUGAAAAAUCGAUUUAUAGCGCAUAGCCUUAAGGACAUUCAUUUAUUCAAGUUUUCUGUUUGACUUACAUGAAACGUACGGAUAUAGCGGAUUCAGUGUUCAAAUUUCUGGGACCAUGCAGACUACAUGGUUACAUGCACUGUUGUAUUUGGCAUGCAGGCACUUUCGGCAGAAAGCAAUGUUGUAGCGGCCAUAUUUGUACGAAUAUAGGGCAUAUAUACAUAUAUAUAUACGUUGAAAUGUAAACCCUAAGUUGUGGGUAGAAUCCUAUCAUGAUAUUUUAGCGAAAAUUAUAUAAUAAACGUAGAAGAGAUCCUAGCAAAUGAACUGGGGUUCGAGGCACUUCUGCACUGUAAACCGAAAAAUUGGCAGUCGACGAUGCGGACGUGAAGUAAUACUGUCUUCAUUUCCACAGUUUCACAAUAGGAAUAAAAAUUAUGGACUCCUUUUGGUAAACAAGGUCAGAGCUGUAUGUUAAAUUAAUUAAAACUGGUUUUCUAUACAACUCCGGCUGAUUUCAUGUUACGUCCGCGUCGUAGAUUUGGCGCAUCUUAUAAGGUCCCCAUUAGGAAGGGACGCGUACAUUGCGCAUUUAAUUUCUUGAAGUUUGUAAAAAUUUGCUUAAAGUUUAAAGUGCUUUACAAUUACCGCGAACUUUCAACUAUAG